CAAAUGUAGUAUAGUUCAAGUUGGCGCGGAAAAUGACAGUCCAUUGUUUGUAUGUUUUUGAUAUUGUUGAUCGGAUUUGUAUCUAAAACAAAUUGCGACAAUGAAUUCAUUUUCACAGGGUGUAUUUGUAUUCAAAAAUGGUUUGCAAAGCAAGCCAGAGAAGAAACGAAAAUCCAAAUAUGCCAUUCCACAAUCAACAUUCGACUGUGAUGAAUCGAUACGACAAUCGAAUGAGGAAUUUGAACGCACCUGGGGAUAUAUAAAAUCCAAAGUUGAUGAGAUUCAAGCCAACAACAAUGAUGGUCAUCUUUCGGAGCUGUGUGCUUUUGUGAAAGAUAAUACAUCUGCAGAUGACACAUCCGAUAUGACAUUUCUGCGGGUUGCAGCUCUUAUGACUGGAAUCAAUAAACCAGAUCACCAUCAAUACUUUCGGCUGCUAUCAAAUACAAUGAACAAAAAGAAGAUUGCUCGAACCGUUUUUCUACCAGCUAGAGAUUGUCCAAAUGUGCGGACGGCAAUUGAAACAUUGGUAUCGUGUUUGUUAAAUAAUGGACGCAAACACAAUUAUCGCGAUGACGUUGAUGUGCUGGCAGCUAACAAUAACAGCCAAACAAACAUUGGGUCUGACGAUAGUGAGGUGUCUGACAAUGAAAUGGAAGUGUGUGAAGAAGAUGACGAUGAUGAGCCACCUGUGAAACUGCGAAGAAGUCAAUAUACCAUGGAAGUGCUACAAUCUUGGUAUAACACAACAUUUUCAAUGACCGCCGACGAAACAAAACCACAAUUAGCCAUAAUAAUGCCGAAUUCUGAGGAAUUUAAACCAAAUAUCAUCAAAGAUUUGGUAAUGAUUCUGAGUAAUCAUUGUAAGAGUUUGCCUUUCGUUUUAAUACUUGGUGUGGCAACCUCAACAACAGCUCUAUUAAAUACACUGUCCUUCACCGAAACGACCCGAAUCAAAUUACGUGUGUUCUCUGGCCAACCGCCGAAUCAAAUACUCGAUCAAAUUUUUGAUGAUGUUAUUUUGACACCAAAGUGCCCAUUUCAGCUCGCUAGCAAUGUGCUCGAUUAUCUGAAAAGUGUGUUUAUUUUCUACGAUUUAACGGCGAAAAACUUUUUAAAAUCUUUUCAUUACUGUCUGCUCGAUCAAUAUUCACGUGGUAAUGCAUAUUCGGUGUGUGCAACCACAUUCAAACAAACCCAAAAGAAUAUAAAACAAUUAAAGCACGAUGACUUCGAAACGAUACGACGUUUGCCAUCAUUUCGACCGUACGUCGAAGCGAUGAAGGAUCGCAAAGAAUUUCGAAAUAUAGUCGAUAUUUUCGAAAAUGAUGAUUUCUUUCGAAAACAUUUGAUGCACUUAGUACAGAAUAUCUAUGAGUUUAAUUUUAAAUUUUAUGGUUACAUUCGGUUCUUCUGGACUUUGGUUAAAGAUUUGCCAAAAACACCGUUCGGUAAACGAUUGAGUGAUAUUUACAUGUAUUGCCAUGUGCCAAAGAAAAGCAUCACCACAACGGAAGAAUUCGAUAAAUGUUGGCAAUUCUUGAGUCUCAUGUCAAAAGAUGAAUUUGUAGCCCUGUUGGAAAAGUGUAUCAAAUCUUUGGGUGACUAUGAAGAAAGCCAUGCCGAUGAAUUCGAUAAGACAAUUGAUGAACAAGUGCUUAAAAACACACAAGAUGCUUUUGAUGAAACUGCAAGACAGCUAGACAUUUUUAUUAAGGAGCUAAAACAAGAUCGACUGCAUAUCGAACAAAAUCAAAGUACUUCUUCGGCCACUACUUCGAACGAAAACAAAUCCACCAAUCAAAUGUAUAAUUCACGAACCGAAUUUUAUAAGAAUCUGAAGAAACAAAAUCAAGCAAAUCGAAUCGAAGCAAAUAAUACAAUGCAAAAAGUGCUGGACUUUUUACGUGUUAAUGUGGUUGAAAAGUAUUUUCCCGCACGUAAUCAUACGCCGCCAUUGUUGGAGCUAUUUGUAUACUCCGACUAUGAUAGAGUACGAUCAAAUCUUCGUGGUACAUCACGCAGUGCAAUCCAUAAGGCUUUGACUGAUCCGCAUUCAUAUCUACAGUGCAAAUGCUGUGGCAUAGAUAAUUCAGGUCAACUGCUACCAACAAUGCCAGACAAUUCGAUUGCAUAUGGAUUGUUGCUCGAAAGUGGACAACAAGUAAAUAUUUAUGACUGGUUGAGUGCAUUCAAUGCCAUUACGAGUGAUAAAAAUGCAGAGGAUCAGGAAGAUGAAAUCAAUAUUUCACCGGAAAUUCAAGCAAAAUUUACACGGUCCAGAGCCGAACUUCAUUUCAUGGGCUUCACAAAGAAUUCCAAACGUAAAACUGAUCACGUUACACGUACAACUUGGUAAACGAUCAUCCCAUUAUACAUCAUCAUCAUUCGUCUCUUGAAAGAAUCACAAAAAAACAUCGCAACAGUCAAAGUAUAGCACAAGUGUGUCGUUUUAUUUAUGCACCUUUAUUUUCUUCGUGUCUUGUGCUUGACUUGAAAUUUGAAACCAUAAUUUUAACAAUUAGAAGUAGAAUUAUCAUAAUUUUAAAACCAGUAAACCUCAAAUAAAAUCAAUCGCCUGAA